CUCAUGGCCUCUUGCUUGGAAACCGCUUCCCUUGUCUACAAAAACUGCCUUGAAAAGCCAUUCUUCUCUCAUUCCCUCUAAUAAAAAACCGUCUAGCUCUUAAAAAACACAAAAUGGCGUUUCCUUCUGUUUUCUUACUCUUCAUUUUCUCCCUUUCUCUCUGCAACCGAGUCGACUCGGAGCCGACUGAGGACAAACAGGCUCUUCUGUCAUUCCUCAACCAGACACCCCACGAGAACCGUCUGCAAUGGAACUCAUCUGACUCCGCCUGCAACUGGGUCGGCGUGUUUUGCGACUUGAAUCGCUCAUUCGUCUAUUCUCUACGUCUCCCCGGCAUCGGCCUCGUGGGUCAGAUUCCGGCCGGCACACUAGGCCGGCUCACCCAGCUCCGCGUCCUCAGCCUCCGUUCCAAUCGCCUCUCAGGCCCCCUUCCAGCUGACUUCUCUGGUCUCAAGCUUCUUCGCAACCUCUACCUUCAGAACAAUGUCUUCUCCGGCGAAUUCCCUCCGAGUCUGACAGGGUUAACCCGUCUGAACAGGUUGGACCUCUCCUUCAACAACUUCACCGGAAAAAUACCCUCUUCCGUGAGCAAUCUGACCAGACUCGCCCGCCUCUUCUUACAAAACAACAGCUUCUCCGGCAAUCUCCCUUCCAUCAAUCUCACGAGCUUACAACAAUUCAAUGUCUCAAAUAACAAUCUCAGUGGUUCAAUUCCGAUAACCCUUCAACGAUUCGACAAGUCGUCGUUCGCUGGAAACAUUAAUCUCUGUGGCAGGCCAUUGAUUCCCUGCAACCCAUCACCCCCACCGCCAGCUCCGUCUCCAGCUUCGAAUCCCCCACAAAACCCAAAUCAGAAAUCCUCCAAAAAGCUCUCGAAAGCGGCGAUCAUCGCAAUAUCGGCCUCUGCGGGCGGAGUGGCAAUUCUUCUUCUUUUGGGUCUUAUUCUCUUCCUCUGUUUUAGGCGGCAUUGGCGUCGGCAACGGCCUGCAAAACCUCCAAAGGAGAUUGCUGAAAGAUCAGCAGCAGGGGUGGUGCCGGACACCGGCACUUCAUCGUCGAAAGACGAGAGCGGGGUGAGUGGAGGAUUGGCGGAGAGGAACAAACUAGUGUUUUUCGAUGGUGGGACUCGUAGCUUUGAUCUGGAGGAUCUGUUGCGGGCGUCGGCCGAGGUUUUAGGGAAAGGGAGUAUGGGAACUUCGUAUAAGGCGGUUUUGGAGGAAGGGACGAUGGUUGUUGUGAAGAGAUUGAAGGAGGUUAUUGCUGGGAAGAGGGAAUUUGAAUUGCAGAUGGAAAUGUUGGGGAAGGUGCAUCACGAGAAUUUGGUGCAGCUGAGAGCAUUUUACUUUUCCAAGGACGAGAAGUUGCUGGUUUUCGAUUUCAUGGAAGUAGGAAGCUUGUCUUCUCUUCUACAUGGCAGCAAGGGCGCUGGCCGUACACCCCUUGACUGGGCCCACAGGCUAAAGAUCGCCAUCGCGGCAGGCCAGGGCCUGGCCCACCUCCACGUAUCGAGGAAGAUGGUGCACGGUAACCUCAAGUCCUCCAACAUCCUCCUCGCCCCAGGUCUGCAAUCCGCCCGGCUCUCAGACUACGGCCUUCACACCCUCUGUGGCACCCCCACGCCUCCCAACCGCGUUCCAGGCUAUCGUGCGCCGGAGCUCGUCGACACCCGCAAGUCCACCUUCAAGUCCGACGUCUACAGCUUCGGCGUCCUGCUGCUGGAGCUUCUGACUGGGAAGGCCCCCACGCUCGCCAUAAUCGGGGAGGAUGGGUUCGAUCUGCCGCGAUGGGUUCAGUCGGUGGUCCGCGAGGAAUGGACGGCCGAGGUUUUUGAUGUGGAGCUUGUGCGGGAGGGGCCGUUGGUGGAGGAGGAGAUGGUGCAGGCUCUCCAGAUUGCGUUGACCUGCACGUCCACCGUACCGGAUCAAAGACCUGCUAUCCAGGAGGUGGUGCGCAGGAUAGAGGAAAUCAGCCACGUGGAAGCUGAUGUGGGGAAGGAUAAGUCGACGACCGAGCAUCCGUCGGAAGGAUCCGAAUCUCACGCGCGGCCACAAACGGAGUCGAGUACAGUCUAGAAGGGGACGGAAGAUUGAGGUGGCUGUCGAUAAAUUGCGCUGGGGUGCGUACCGUACGGCAGCUAGGGUUUCAUUUUUUUAAUUUAAUAGAUUUGGAUUGUUUGGAUGGAAGAUCCAUGAUUUAGUUUGUUGGAUUCAGUUGUCCC